AUCAGACCUGUAACCGACCACCGCGUGAUGUAAACAUUGUAGCUAUCACCACUUGUGCUAUCAGAGGGGGAGGAGAAAACCUCCAUGCAAACCGCGCCUAUCGAAAAGAAUAUUCUUCAACCUCCCUUCAACACCUUAGACAACAAGUAGCAGCAACACGAAGUACCAUAAUAAGAGUCACAAAAACUGUGGUGCCGUUAUCUCAUCCAGGGUGGCACUACAUAUAGCAUAAUGGCAAAAUGGCAGGGAGAUACUGGGUUUCUUCCAAAUACAUCAUUUGCUUCUGGGCCCCUGAAUCUUCCUCGUGGACUUGAUGUUCGGUCUACUAUUCCACCAACAACAUUUAGACCAUGGUCACCAGCACCUGCAUGUCAGGAUAUUAUACUCCUGGCAGAAUUUUCUGAAAUUGAGGGACCUAUACCACUUUUAACAAUACCUCAAACACCUUCACUGCAAAUUGAUCUUAAUGAAUUUGUUGUGAAAGUUUUGUCAACUGACUACUUAAAUACAAGCGGUGAGUUUCGAGUUUAUGAAGACACUCAGAUGGUGCAGCAAGAUAUAAAUCCAGGUGUUCAUGUGUAUGUACACUAUUUCACACUGUAUGAUGUGCGUGCUAGAGGCUUUGUUCGACCAAUGUGUCUUUCGUACAUUUCCUCCGACUCAAGGAAGCUUCUGCAUUAUUUCUCUCAGCUCAGACAGCAUUUUAUUUUGGCAACUGAAUGCUUAAAGCUGAGCAAUCUAGAAUGGUUUUCCAAAGAAAUGGGGGGACUCGUCAGAGAUUUGGAAUAUACGAAGGAUCGAUACAUACAAGUUCAAAGAAAUGUGCUGGAUAUCUCUGCCAUAAAUCCUACAAAUUCUCAAAAACAUGGACAUACAGAAGACAUGGAGGAAGAGGAUGUAGAUUUGAUGGCUGACAAUCAAGUAUCGUACAGAACAGAGAGUUACGUCCAGAUAAAUUAUUUGACAAGUGCUACAGGUCAAGCAGCUGUUAACCUGCCUGAGCCUCCUGAAAAUUUACAGUUGCCAAAUACUAGAUCUUGUGAUCCAGAAGAUAAUAUUAUGAGGAGCAAUAAAGAGCUUUCACUGCAACCAGAAAAAGAGGACAGCUUUCUAAGUUCUAAUACAAACAGUGAUGAUGAUGAUGAGGAAUCACUGCUAAGGCAUACAUCUUUAGAAGCAGUUGCAAUGCAGCUUAUGGAGUGCCAGCACAUUCUUGAUGUUGUGCGACCACAUAUGGUUAAAAAAGAAAUUGAAGGAGAAAUGAACUGUUUAGCUGAGCAAAUCGAAUCCAAACCACAGUCGCCCUUGUAUAAGGCUAUGAACAACUUGUCAAUGUUUGAGAAGCCUGUAGAAAAAACUAAGCCAAGUGUCUGUGUCUUGUCUCUGAUGAAGAGAAACUUUAAGGACAUGCGUUCUGUGCACCAUCUGUGUGGAGUGGGUUAUGUUGGCUGCCUUUUCAAACUUUGGUCUAUUCAUGGAGUGUUCUGUAAAUCUUUUAUUACUUUGAAAUUUGAAGACUUGGAUCGUGAUAUCUAUGAUAAUCCCUUUAGUUCUCUAUUUAUUGGAAAUAUUCCUAUUAUUAAUGUAAGCAAAGAUGAAAAGUGUAAGCUGCCUGUUCAACCAAGUUCAUAUUCAGCACUCUGCUGGGAUACUCAUUUUGUAAAGUUUCUUUUGACUAGUACUUCUCGAACAUCAACUCCAGACUCAGAAUAUGCCGAGACACUAGAAACAUCCCGAGGAAAUGUAUCGGCAGCUGCUGAUUGCCUGAAAGUUUUCCCAAUGGUGAUGGGAGAUGAUGGAGAUGCUGUACUUUCAAGCAAGAGCAAUGAUGAAAGUCAAACGGUUGACCAAAGUAUACCAGAAAAUGUUGAUAUAGAAUCAGUGACUGUUCAUCAGGACUCCAAAGAUGAGUUCAAGACUGAAAAGGAUUUGGAUGUUGAUUCUAGUAAACUAAAUGCAUCUCAAAAGAUAACCAAAGAAAUACAAGAAGAUGAGGUUGCAAUGACUGGUAGUAGUAAUCGGCGUAAUGUGAGCAAGCUCAGUACAAGCAGUAGCACCAGUUGGUCUUCCAACCCUCCAUUAGACUUGUCUAGUUUUGUGGAUAUACAAGAAGAAGAAGAAGUUGAAGAAGAUAUUGCUGCAGUUCUGGGAGAGCAACCCAUUCCAAGGGUGGAUAUUGGAAACAGAAUGAUUAUCAGCAAAGUGUGUCGUUUGUCUGGACUAGUGCAGCAGUUCUGUGGUGUGUCUCACUGUCUUGUCCAUGCGCUACUGUCUGGUCGGCUAGUCGUGUUGGCGGCUGCAGAAUAUUAUCGUCCUUUAGUUAUGCUGUAUGUUAGAGCACUCUCCACUCUACUCCCUCGUUCACCCACCAACCAGCUUCCAGUGCACAGGUGGCAUACAGGCACCAUCACAGAUCACCACUUAAAGCAGUUUCGUUUAAUGGGUAUAUGUAUACCAGAGCGCCUUCACGUCCAAGACCUCAUGACUAAUUCUACUCUUAAUCAAGUGACGGUAUUGAACAUCGAAACUGGCCAUAUUUCAGGUGUGGCUUACAGUGGCACACUUGUCCGAGGUGUUGAGCAUUAUGGCCGAAAGCUUUUUGUCUCGACCUCAGCACUUCAGGCUUCUCUACAGUCCAUUCUAGUUUCACUGGGCCUUAAAGUGUACCUCCUUUAUCAUCUUAUGGAAACAACUAGUCGUAGUGCCAGCGAUAUUCUAAAGGCCAUAGCAGUUACAAAGGGUGACUGGGAUAUUAUCAUACAUUUAACUGGAAUUGUUCAAAGACAGUUAAAUAAAUAAUAAUAUAAAUAAAAAUGUAAUGUACAACUCAAAAAAAUAAAUUCAGUUUACCAUUGUACUCUUAAAAAAAUCAUACUAUUAUUCUAUUGCAAAUAUACAAACUUGGUUAUACCAUUUUAAA